AUUAUUAGCCUUAACAUAUAGCGUUCAUUAUCCUUAAUUUUAAACUGUCAGCCGACCAACUGAGCUCAGGAUCGUAUUACGGAUGUGUCUAAAUCAGGGUUGAAACUCAAAUCUUGGGGCUCCAGUUGACCCUCCCCUCCAGCCGGUGUGGGGGCCUGUGUUGCCCCCCUCUUCUCCUGCGAGAUGGGCAGUCAUUUCCGCAGCUACAUCUGGGACCCGAUCCUCAUCAUCUCUCAGAUUGUUCUCAUGCAGUGCAUCUACUACAGCUUCUUGGGUCUCUGGUUAGCUGGUGUUGAUGGUUUGGUCCAUUCCAGUAGAUCACUUGACCAGAUAUUCAGUUAUGAAGUUCUUGGGUUUUCAACAACACAAGGCCGCUUAUCUAUGAUGGCGUUUAUUCUGAAUUCUCUCACGUGUGCUCUUGGCCUGUGGUUCUUCAUCCGACGUGGAAAGCAGUGUCUGGACUUCACCGUAACGGUGCAUUUCUUCCACAUGAUCGGCUGCUGGAUCUAUAACGCCCACCUCCCAGCUGCCCUGUCAUGGUGGUUGGUCAACGUGGCCUGCAUGGCCCUCAUGGCAGUCAUUGGCGAGUACAUGUGCAUGCGGACAGAGCUCAGAGCCAUCCCUGUCAACACAGCACCCAAAUCGAACCUAUGAGGACUGUUUAGAGACAGAUGUGCCACAGCUGGUCGGUGUAUCGGCAGGGCUGGCGUGUUGACUAAUGCCGCUGUGGUUUUCCGGGAGGACGAGCAGAAAGGACUUGUUUUUUGGUGAUGUAUCGGUCACGUCACUGUAUUUAAUCCGGAUGACAUUGAGAUGUGCCACAUGAUGUCAAAUGGGUUUUCAAGAUGCAUCGUAUGAGGAUGAUGACUUCCCGUAGCAUUCUCAUCAUUUCAAAGGGACUAUUGGUGUCAUAUUUAGUAAUUAUUUAGGAUUAACGGUUUUCAUCAGAUGGCUACGGAAAAUAUAAAAGUGAUGAUGUGUUCUAACCGCGCAGAAAAGCAUCAUGUCUUAUAUGCAAGUCUGUAUCUAAAUAAAAUGCAAUAUAAUUCUGAAUUAUUGGAUAGUGGAUCAUAAUCCUUUGGAAAGAAAUGGGGUUUUCAUGUUUUAUCAAGUCACCAUUUUACAGUUACCAAUGGCAGAGUUUCAUUGACCUCAAAUGCAAGUUCAAGUGAACAUGAAAUCAAAAUGGACCCAUUUACUUCCUUGAUAGAUGUUCCUGUUGUUA